AUGGCGUCACCCGUUGGCGAAGAGUCCUGGCUAGCCUAUCUCGACGAGGCAGUCCGCAAUGCCACCGAUCUGGAAAAACGCGUUCAUGCUAUCGAGCUGUACAAGCGCGCAGUCAGCCUCGAGCCCGGCAGCUUGCGACUAUGGCUCGCUUAUUGCGACUUCUUCUGGGCUCUCUGGGGCGAGUCUCAGGACUCGAGUUCAGGCUGGUCUGAAGAGGAGCGCAUGAUGGGUCGCGAGCUUUUCUCCUUUGGCGCCGCCCUAGCCCUGUGGCAGCAAGGCUACGAGUCGAUCAAAUACCGCAUAAGCGACAGCCAUGAGCUCUGGGAUCGGUGGAUAUCCCACGAGAUGGGUCUGCUAUCCAAGACCAGGACACCCGACGGUAUUAAGCGCAUUACACAUCUCUACCGCAACCGACUCCUCACGCCACACCUCGCGUGGGAGGAGACAUCGCAGGCAUUCUCCAGCUUUCUCUCGGAAUACAAUCGCAACGCUUGGGAAGACACCAUGAAAGAAGUCACGGGUCAAGCACAGGAAACGAAGCGGCUGAUCGAUGACCGGGACCCGUUUGAGAUUCGCCUGAGGCAGGCGCAGAAGGCGCAGGAUCUCGAGCUGGAAAAGUCCAUAAUGGAGGAAUAUUUGGAAUGGGAAAUGUUGCAGAGCAAGCGUAACAACGACCACCCGGACAUUGGUAUAGAUCUAUGCUGUGGACUCUUCGACCGUGCUCUAACCGGGGUCUUCGUAACCGACGAAACAAUGUGGAAUGAGUCUGUCGUAUUCCUGUCAUCGUCUAAACUGAACUCCAGCGCCGUCAGCAACCUUCUGGAUGUUCUCGAACGAGCGGUGAAGCACUGCCCCUGGUCGGGGAAGAUGUGGAACAAGUACAUUCUUUGCGCAGAAGAAGCCAAUCUCAGUUUUACCGAGAUCGAACGAAUCAAGCAUGCGGCGACCAGCGAGGACCAGCUGUACAAGGCGGGGAUGGAGAGCAUGAUCGAGAUGUAUGUCGCCUGGUGCGGGUUCUUGAAACGCCGCGCCGUCGAGGCUGGUGCGGGCGACGAAGCUGUUGACGUGGCUGAUGUCGGCCUUCCGGCGGCUCUGGAAAAUGUGGCCGUUGUCGGCAAGCGGUUGUACGGCAAAGAUUUUCAGGGCGAUCCAAAGUUCCGGCUGGAGCGUAUCUAUAUCCAAUAUCUCACGGAAAAGAAGGGCGCGACAGACGAAGCUCGCGCACAGUGGAAUAAACUGGCCAGUGUCCCGAUACACGCCGACAGCCAUGACUUCUGGUUCCGCUACUACAUGUGGGAGAUGCUCAUCUUCUCCUCAAAACCAGCCUCAACACGCAGCCCGACUCCUCUGUCGAAUGCGAAUGGAUUGCGGGUCCCCACCCUCGCGACAUCUGUCCUCGCGCGAGCGGUGGCGCGGACGAACAUUGACUGGCCAGAAAAGGUGCUUGAGGUGUACUUACAGCACUGCAACGACUACGAACCACCGGCAUCCAUGCGAAGAGCCACCGACAGGGCAUAUAAAGCUGCGAAAGAGAUCCGCCGACGUCGGGAGAGAGAGCAACAAGAGAAAGACGAGGCAUACGCUGCUUACUACACACAGCAGCAGCAGCCGCAGCAACAACAGCAGGAGACCCUUGUCCCCGCGGAACCUCCAGCGAGUGAGACGAAACGUAAACGCGAUGACAUAAUUGCGGAGGGCGAAGCUUCUGCAAAAUCCAGCAAACGCCAGAAGAAUGAGGAGAACUCGACAACUUCACUCACCGCCGGACAGGAGCAAUCGGCUCCGGCCAAAAGAGAUCGGGAGCAUACGACCGUCCUGGUGGAGGGUCUGCCGGCAGAUGUAACUCAAGUCAAGCUUCGCCAGUACUUCAAGCCUUAUGGGCAUAUCAAUAACGUCACAGCUCUAGUUCAAGAAUCGGACCAACCGACCUCAACAGCGCUGAUCGAAUUCAAAACAACUGAGGAGGCCCAAUCAGCUCUUCUCCGAGAUGGCAAAUAUUUCGGGCAGUCGCAGCUACGAGUCACGUCUGGCCACGAUCUCACACUAUACCUGGCAAAUUUCCCACCAGCUGCUGACGAGAAAUUUAUCCGCGAUCUCUUCAAAGAUUGUGGCACCAUACUUAGUAUCCGUUGGCCAAGUCUCAAGGUCAACACCCAUCGUCGAUUUUGCUACGUUUCCUUCCGGGACCGGGAUGCCGCUGCCAAAGCCACGAGCAUGGACGGUAGCCUGUUAGAGGACAGGUAUAGGCUGGUUGCCAAGUUCUCGGAUCCUGGCCAGAAGAAGCGCCGCGAAGGAGCAUUGGCGGAAGGACGCGAGGUUCACAUUCAAAACCUGGACCGUUUCGCUCCCGAAUCCGAGUUGAGACAGGUUUUUGGCAAAUAUGGUACCAUCCUACGCGCCAACAUCCCAACGACCCUGGCAGGCAAAAACAAGGGCUUCGCUUUCAUCGAUUUUGAGUCCAAAGAACAGGCCGAAAAAGCAGUGGCAGAGCUCAACAACACCAAGUUCCGUUCUCAGAUCUUGCAGGUUGAUCUCUCAAAGGACUCAAAAAUCAGAUCAUCCGCCAAGAUUGUGAAUGCUGAGCGUCAAUCUGCUUCGCCAGCGCCCUCGUCAGCCAAAGAUGCCGAGGGUGAUCAGGCCAUGGGCGAUGCCCAACUGGUGACCAAGCCAACCCGGGAUGAAAUCAAGACCCGGACGAUAUCGCUGAUGGGACUGCCUGACACAGUCAACGACGCCCGCGUCCGCGCUCUUGUUGAGCCCCACGGCGCGAUUGUCCAAAUGACACUUCAGCCAGCCCAUGGCGGCGCAAAGAUUGAGUUUUCUGAUGCUGCUACUGCUGGAAAAGCGGCCCUGCAGCUUGAUGGCUUGGAAUUUGAAGGAUUCAAGCUGCGGACGGGGUCUGUAGAGGAGCUUCGUCACGCCAAACCACCGCGCAAAGAAGACAAAAUCACAUAUGGCGGGAAUAAGGACACCAAGAGCCAGAAGCCCAAGGACUCGUUUGACGCACCGAAGACCAUAAUGCCUCCACCCGCCGUUGUCCGCAGGCCUGGGGCUCAGAAGCCUGGCCCCAAGCGUGUGGUUGGCUUUGCAGGCGUGAGGGAGAAGACUGAAGCUGGGUCCAGCGGCGCUACCAACGGGAAACCUGCCCCCAAGAGUAAUGCCGACUUCAAAGCCAUGUUUCUCGCAAGUAGCGGGGGCAAGGGAACGGAGAAGAAGGGAAAAGAGGAAGAGUCUGCAGACGUAGAAACCGGCGUUGAGGAUUGA